AUGCUCGUAGCUUUCGAUUUCUUAGACUAUAGAGAUGAUUGGCACUAUUCCAGUCUCCAAUCAGCUCUAUGGUCAGCAGGCAGAAGCACCAGCUGUAUUCUCAGGUCCCCCGAUGGUACGGGACUGCCCAAGAAGGCCGUGGAGGGCAGCGGGGGGGGGGGGGCAUAAUAUUCCGCUGCUUGUAAAAGUAAUCCUGCAGACAUCAUCCUGGUAUAACCAUUCGAAGUCCAGUGAUGUACCAGUACGUCGCUGUUCCUGGUUGUGGAUAUAUGCUAUGUUUUUGCGUUUUUUUUUGUAUGCAGCCUGUGGGCUGAAU